UGCGUGGCCAGGCAGAGUUUAGUGUUGGGGAUGUGAUGGCUGUGUCGUCCCUCUACACCAACACAACCUUCACAAAACUACCCCAAAAAAUACCCAUUGAUGACUCAGACGCUGUGUUUAAUGUACAGUAGCUGUUUCUUCCCGUCUACUCACAAAACCGGCCAAACAAAAGACUGAUCUAUGACUGUGAUGUGGUGCUUGAUGCCUGACGUGGGUGUCAAGGCAUCUUGUGUAUAUUAAAAACUUCACCAAAAAAAACACUCAAAAAAGAGCGAUUUAUGACUGUGACGUGGUGUUUGAUGCCUGCAGAGAGGCUCUCAAGACAGCGGGUGCAGAAGACUGGAUGGAUCCCAGUAUAGGGUGGUACCAGCCAGAACAACAGGGUCCGGCCAGAGACCUGUGGGCCAGGAUCUGGCUCACCCAGCAGGGUCUUGACAACAUGAACCUCAAUGACAACCAGUUUAUUCCCCUCACCAUACAGGACACCAAUCAGGAACAGACUAACGCAACCAAAACGACCAACAACAGAAACAAUGCCAACAACAACACAAACAACAGUUAUUACAACAGGACCAAGAGGAAACGAGAGAACCGCGCCAGCACCUAUGGCCUCAACCACAACCACAAGAACCUCAUAGGGCAGUUUGGUGGUUGUCCGUGGCGACGAUCACCCAACAACUAUGACCUAGGGGUUGUCGGGCUACACCAAGAAAUGGAGGACUUCUACUCAUGGAUGUGUCCCAGCGAGGAAGAACACACUAUGAGAAAAAGAGUGGUGGAGCGCAUCGAGCAGGUUAUUGUUGAUUUGUGGCCGCAAGCUCGGGUGGAGAUCUUUGGCAGCUUCCGCACUGGCCUCUACCUCCCUACCAGUGACAUUGAUCUGGUGGUGAUAGGGAAGUGGGAUGCCUUGCCACUACGCACUUUAGAGAAAGCUCUUCUGGACAACAAGAUAGCUGAGCCUUCCUCUCUCAAAGUUCUAGACAGAGCUUCAGUGCCAAUUGUGAAAUUAACGGACAGCGAAACAGACGUGAAGGUGGACAUCUCAUUCAACAUGAGCAGCGGCGUGAACUCGGCGCGCCUCAUCAAAGAGUUCAAGAACCGCUUCCCUGCCUUGCCCAAGCUAGUCAUGGUGCUCAAACAGUUUCUCCUCCAGAGGGACUUGAAUGAGGUCUUCACCGGCGGCAUAUCUUCAUACUCCCUUAUCCUAAUGACUGUCAGCUUUCUACAGUUGCAUCAGCGGUUAGAUGCAUCACAGCCCAACGCUAACCUUGGGGUCUUGUUGAUAGAGUUCUUUGAGCUGUAUGGCAGACAUUUCAAUUACCUGAAGACUGGCAUCAGAAUCAAGGAUGGCGGAGCUUACAUCUCAAAGGAUGAGGUUCAGAGAGACAUGCCGGAGGGUCACAGACCGUCCGUCUUGUGUAUAGAAGAUCCCCUCAUACCCGGCAAUGAUAUCGGACGAUCCUCAUACGGAGUGUUGCAAGUGAAGCAAGCUUUCGAAUAUGCUUAUAUUGUUUUAUCUCAGGCUGUGAACCCCUUAAACAACAUCAUAAACGAUCCAAAUCAUUACUCCAUACUCGGCCGCAUCCUGAGGAUAACGGACGACGUCGUCUUGUAUCGACAAUGGAUACGGAAGUCUUUUCCCAUCAGUGGGUCGAUGGCCUCCAGCAACUCCCAUCACCUGACCCCCACACACCCGGCCACGCCGCCCACUCCGCCUGUUGCGUUCCAUACUCCAAAUCAUCUUCAGGUCACUUCUGAUAACCAGUACAACACCAACAAGAACAAUAAUAACAAUAAUAAUAAUAAUAAUAACAAUAAUAAUGCACGUAAUAAGUCCAGCGUCGCCGACGAUGAUACGUUGUCAUCCGAAGCAUCCGAACCGCAUUCCACACCUCCCUCCUCUGUCUCGUCUGUUAGUGAUGACACGGAUUCUGACCAGGCGGUGGACAUGAGUGAGGGGAGUAGAGACAGCUCCCCAAACAUCCAUCACCACCAUCAACUUCACCACCUCAGUGCCACAACAGCUACAAAAUCCACCUUAAAUAAUAUCACCAGUGUCAGCCCUGGCGGCGUGGGAAAGCACUCGUCCUUACCCGGGGGCAGCGUGUCACAACGUGUACCAAGCACCGGGACGGAGGUUCGCACGACUUCCCACCCGGCGGACGGAACAUCGACGAAUAAACAGUCACAUGGCCAGCCACGUAAUGAAUACCCUGCUGUGCCAGCGUGGCAUCCGCACCAACAGCAGGGCGGCAGUUCCCCCGUACAACACGGCAGCAGCCCGGCAAAGCCCUGGCCCAAACACAGGAGAUACUCACAGUCAUCACAAGGGUCAGCAGCUGGUGUUGGGGACAUCCGCAGUGGCAAGGGCAACACUGGCAGCAAGUAUGUAGGGGAAAGCGUCACUAGCGGGAACACCAAUGUCACUCACGUUGGUGGCACCGGAUCCAUCAGCGGCGGCAGCAACCAGGCGAGAUAUCACCGCGUCUCAUAUAAUAAGCGAAAGAAGUCUGCCCGGCGGGACUCCGACGGCAGAAGUGAAACCCGAGACUCUCACCGGUGAUUGAAGGAGGACGUCAAGGUUCCUCCUGCAAGUGGUGAAUGUUUCCCUGGCGACUCUGAUGACCGGACAGAGUUGUAGAAUCCCCGCCUGUGAUUGAAGGUGGACGACGGUCAGGUGACUGUGAUGUUGGCCGUGCCCUGAGAGGCACAGGUCGAACCCUCUUCCGUGUUUCUGUGAAUACCAGCGUGCAGCUCGCUGUUUUGCCGAUGAGUGGAAGAAAAUAAGACGGACAAUUGUGCUACGGCAGCCCCUCCAUUCCCAGAAUCGUUGCGUCAGAAGUACAUUGUGUGCGGACACUUUAUAUCUCACGUUAAGACGAGACUUUGUGUGAGGACGGGUGUCUUCUUCCACGAACCAUAAAGAUUUUAGUAGACCAAUAUCCUUAGAGCUCACUUUUAAGAGUUUUAUUUAUAUUCUUUAAGCUCAACUUGGCUCUUUUGAUGACCCAUUCAAAGGUCAUCCUAAGUCAUUUCAGAUAAAUGUUUUAUAUGAGUUUAAAUUUUGAGAUUGUUCUGUUCAAUCUCAGUGAGUCAUAUUAAGCUCUUGGAGGCAGACGACACAUCAGGGGAAUCUUCUUGUUGGGUGGAUGAUAACUCUGGCCUAUGCAAAAUAAAAAUAAAAAAAAAUAUAUAAAAAAAGAGGACAAAAAAUCCAAACUAGUAGUGAGGGUGGGUAGGUCCCCAGUGGAUGCUUCCUAAAUAGAAUCUUUGUCAUUAGAAACGUGACGUGUGAUUGUGUGUGCGUUUGUGUAUAUGUGUGUGUGUGUGAGGAUGGGGUGGGUGAGUGUUAGGGUGGGAUGGGUUACUCACUUAUUUUUGUGAAUCCCUGUUGGACCAAAAUCUUGUUGCUUGAAAUAAAAUAGUUAUAUUAAUGGAUAUUGUUGUGCAUCUUGAUAAUAGUUUGUUGUUUUUUCCAACUCAUGACAAUUGACCGAGGCUGCUCACUGCCCACACAGUUAACCCGCACUACUUCUCUACUAAAACGACCAGUUGAGGUUUAUGGGAUAGUUGCCACGGCGAGGUGGCAUCAGAUGUCGGCUGCAGGAACGGGAUCGGUUUGUGAGUAAAUAUUUUCCUAGAUUGUGAUUUGCUGUGCCAAGAAACUACUUCUGCCUGAGACUGGUGGUGUACCGUACUGGGAAGUAAAUCCAAAAAUCAUCUAAGUCAUGAAUAGAAGUCCAUAUCAUUUAUGUUCUAAAUAAAUAAAUUAAUGUUCUAAUUCAGUAAUAGAAUAUUUUCCUAUGUGAAUGACAGUGUAGUUGUACCAUAGUUAUUUAUUGUAUUAAUUAUAAAUGCAUUUGACACCUACAUAGGUUGUACACAACUAUGUAUUGGCGUAAAUCGAUCGCUCUUCUAUCUUUAUUUGAACAAGGAGCAGCUAUACACAAGUCAGGUUGUAGCCUCGUGUGUAUUAUCUGACGUAAAUUAGGAUUGAGAUAACACCAUGUGAUAGGUUGAUACUUGUCCCAGUAGAGCCUAUUAAUGAAGACACUACUGUACUUGUGGUUGAUGCUCAGUGUAGCGCUGAGAAUCACAUCAUUGUUGGAAAUAUAUGACAUUGUGAUGUGGGUUUCAUCUUGGAUGCCAGUGUCGUCGGUAAAUUAAGGCUGCCACAGGGCGUGUAGUUCUGACGUAGUACGUUGUUAAGUACUUAAAAGUUUUUAUGCAGGUUCCACCUUGGCCGUGAAAGAGAAUUAACCAAGUUGUGUGUGCCUCUGUUAAGUGGUGAUUACAACUGUGUUUAGCAAAGUGGUAUGUGUCAUGAUGACGUACAGCUGUGGUUAGCAAAGUGGUAUGUGUCAUGAUGAUGUACAACUGUGGUUAGCAAAGUGGUAUGUGUCAUGAUGUACAGCUGUGGUUAGCCAAGUGGUAUGUGUCAUGAUGUACAGCUGUGGUUAGCAAAGUGGUAUGUGUCAUGAUGAUGUACAACUGUGGUUAGCAAAGUGGUAUGUGUCAUGAUGUACAGCUGUGGUUAGCAAAGUGGUAUGUGUCAUGAUAAUGUACCGCUGGUUAGCCAAGUGGUAUGUGUCAUGAUGUACAGUUGUGGUUAGGAAAGUGGUAUGUGUCAUGAUGAUGUACCACUGGUGUAGGAAAGUGGUAUGUGUCAUGAUGUACAGCUGUGGUUAGCAAAGUGGUAUGUGUCAUGAUGUACAGCUGUGGUUAGCAAAGUGGUAUGUGUCAUGAUAAUGUACCGCUGGUUAGCCAAGUGGUAUGUGUCAUGAUGUACAGUUGUGGUUAGGAAAGUGGUAUGUGUCAUGAUGAUGUACCACUGGUUAGGAAAGUGGUAUGUGUCAUGAUGUACAGCUGUGGUUAGCAAAGUGGUAUGUGUCAUGAUGAUGUACAGCUGUGGUUAGCAAAGUGGUAUGUGUCAUGAUGAUGUACAGCUGUGGUUAGCAAAGUGGUAUGUGUCAUGAUGUACAGCUGUGGUUAGCAAAGUGGUAUGUGUCAUGAUGUACAGCUGUGGUUAGCAAAGUGGUAUGUGUCAUGAUGAUGUACAGCUGUGGUUAGCAAAGAGGUAUGUGUCAUGAUGAUGUACCGCUGGUUAGCAAAGAGGUAUGUUUCAUUAGUUAUUGAUAUGUAUUAUGGUUAACCAGAGGCCUCAGGAUAGUUAAUUCCAUCUUGAUCAUGUUAUACUUGCCAUGGUUUCAUGACAGCAGUCAUUGUGUUAUGACAGCUACCAUAGUUUUAUGCCAGCAGUCAUUGUGUUAUGACAGCUACCAUAGUUUUAUGACAGCAGUCAUUAUGUUAUGACAGCUACCAUAGUUUUAUGACAGCAGUCAUGUUAUGACAGCUACCAUAGUUUUAUGACAGCAGUCAUUAUGUUAUGACAGCUACCAUAGUUUUAUGACAGCUACUAUAGUUUUAUGACAGCUACCAUAGUUUUAUGACAGCUACUAUAGGUUUAUGACAGCUACUAUAGUUUUAUGACAGCAGUCAUUAUGUUAUGACAGCUACCAUAGUUUUAUGACAGCAGUCAUUAUGUUAUGACAGCUACCAUAGUUUUAUGACAGCAGUCAUGUUAUGACAGCUACCAUAGUUUUAUGACAGCAGUCAUUAUGUUAUGACAGCUACCAUAGUUUUAUGACAGCAGUCAUUAUGUUAUGACAGCUACCAUAGUUUUAUGACAGCAGCCAUUAUUUUGUGACAACAGCCAUUGUUUUACAAAAGUUGCUUUGUUUUUUUAUGAUAGCUACCAUGAUUUUUGUCACAACUACCAUGAUUUUAUGAUAGAAACCUUGGUUUUAUGACAGCUACCAUGCUUUUAUGACAGCUAUCAUGCUUUUAUGACAGCUACCUUGGUUUUAUGACAACUUCUAUGGUUUCUUGAGGGAUGGCAGGUAAUGCAUGCCUUACUUUACUGAUAGCUGAGUUACUGUCAGGCAAGUCUCUGGUUUUGGUGACCUCAUACAGGUAUUGGCCACCAGGCACAGUUGGGUGUACUGUACUGUACUGAUAAUGACAAGGUUUACUGUUAACUUGACCUGUUGAACUAAGCCCUCACCUAUUUUAGUGUUCUUAAUUACCACUACAAUUUGUAGUAGUUGUUUGGUUGUUAACACUUGAACCGCAAGCAUCAUCACUGAAAUUUAGCCGUAGGGACAGUUGCCAUGAUCAUUGAAUGUUCCUUGUUCUUUGCAUUCCAUUUUUAUGCAUGUGGGGCAGAGUAAGGAAUCCUUAUCUGGUAGUUAAGGAUUAAGAUAAUUGCAGUGUGACUCACAUAACAAGCAGUCAUUCACAGGGAUUUGCAAUAAUUUUUUAGGACACCAAAAGUUGAUGGUACCCAGACAAUAGAUCAGUUAAUACCUUAUUGGCUAAAGUUUGUGGACUACCCAAUCUCCUUCUCUUAUAAUUGAAAUCUUUGCAAAGCAAGUUGUCACAUGAUGGGUUGAACUUCUUGUAUAGUGAGCUGAGUUACAAAAAAAUAAGAUUUGUACAGUCAGGUAAACCAUUAUACAAACAUCUGUACAGUCAGGUAAACCAUUAUACAAACAUCUGUACAGUCAGGUAAACCAUUAUACAAACAUUUGUAUGGCCAAGGUAAACCAUUAUAUGAACAUCUGUACGGUCAAGUAAACCAUUAUACAAACAUCUGUACAGUCAGGUACACCAUUAUACAAACAUCUGUACGGUCAAGUAAGCCAUUAUACAAAUAUCUGUACGGUCAGUACACCAUUAUACAAACAUCUGUACAGUCAGGUAAACCAUCGCAUGAAAACAAGUUUAUGUAACUUGUUUUAACAGCUGAGUGAGUAAACCACAGUAGCCAGAUAGAGCAAGAGGAUUAAUGGUUUGAUAGUUUAAAGAUGACAUCAUAACAAGGUGGCUGGAUAGUUAAGAGAUGACAUCAUAAUGACAUGGUUAGAUAUAUAAGAGACGACAUAACAACAUGGUUAUAUAGUUAAAGAGAUGACACCAAAAUAACAUUGUUGGAUAAAUGAGACGACUUAAUGGCAUGGUUGGUUUUUGAGAUGACUUAAUGACAUAGUUGGAUAGUUAAAAUAAAGAGGUAUGCUGGGCCAAGUAUCGGACAAGUGUUGAGGUGAGCUGUCAUGUAAACAACUGAAGCUUGGAUAUAUUUAUUAGGUUCUUCAUGAAAUUUAAACAAAUACAAAAAUGGUAGGAUUUCUGAUUUUUGUACAAAUAUUUGCAGUGUGAAUAUUGCCUUGGAAAAUUUCUUAUUAAAAAUUAAGGCAAAAAUGAGAAUGUUGUAAAGAUCCUUAUUUUUAUCUUUGGAUUCCUGUGUCCAGAUUCUCAAAGAUUCUUAUAAUAAUUUUCUCCCUCUUAUAAUGGGAUGAAAGUGAGUUUUAUUAUGGUUGUCUCAGUACAAUGUUGAGGCCAUUUGGGCCAGUUUGUGUUUGUUUGUUGUAGGUAAAGUGAGCUGGCUAAUGGCUCCCUCACAUCACCCAUCAGGGGAGAAAGUUAACAUAACAAACCUUUGAGAAUCUUGGUUGUGGGCUGUAACAAUCUCCUUUUAUCAAAGUUGGUGGAUUUUAUGGAAGCUGAAGCUUAAUGGCUACAAAAACUUGGGGCUGUGUAAGAGAGGUGUUGUCGCCUGUUCAGACAAGAUGACAUUCCCUUUCUCACACGCUUCAAGAAAGUAAAAAAAAAAAAGAAUAAAAUAAAAUACUGCACUUGAGUUGCAGCUGGAGGGGCAUGAAAUUGACAAAUUUAUGUUUAUUACCAUUAGUUUUGGAUCACUUACAGCACCGUCACAUCUGUUGACACUUGGAGUGAAGCACUCUUCUCUCUUUAGGCCUCAACGUUGAAAUGCCUCCACAGUAUUCCAAAAAUUUCCACCUAAAAUCUCAACGAAUAUUAAUUGACCUCAGAAUCUGAUUUCUUGUGUCUUAAAAAUUGGAUAUAGUGCUUCCCUGACCUCAAAAUUCCUUCACCACAAAAAGUUAUAAUAAAAGAAAGAUGCCCAAAA